AUGUCUAUGAUUACCACUUCUGCUUGGGUGCGGCGCGGAGUCGCUGCCCAGUUCCCUACGAAAUAUGAGAUCAACGAGGAGGAAAUGGAUCGUAUAUCGAAGCUUGCGCGCAUGCAGCUUGAAGAGGCGCAGGGUGAUUUGAAGGCUGCGCAGGAGGAUGAGGAGAUGGAGGAGGAUAAGAAGGAGGGUGCGGAUGAUGCUAUGGAGGAUGACUCUAAGGAGGAGGAGAAGGAUGAGAAGAAGGAUGGUGCUGCGGAUGACGAUGACGACCUGAAGGAAUACGACCUGGAUCACUACGACAGCGACGAGGUUGACGAGGACGGCGAAAAGAUUACCAUGUUCGGCAAUGUCAAGUCGCUCGCCUAUCACCAGCCCAACGAGGAGGACCCGUACCUGGUUAUGCCGCCGGAGGAGGAAGAUGAGGAGAGAGAGGAACUGCAGAUUAUGCCGACGGAUAACCUGCUGCUGGCGGGUAAGGUUGAGGACGAGGUUGCUCACCUGGAGGUCUACGUCUACGAGGAUGCCGCCGAUAACCUCUACGUCCACCACGAUAUCAUGCUUCCCGCUAUCCCGUUGGCGUUGGAGUGGUUGGAUAUCUCCGUUGGCAAGACGGCCGAGGGCCGCACUACCGGCAACUUUGUGGCUAUCGGAACAAUGGAGCCUGACAUUGAGAUCUGGGAUCUCGAUGUCGUCGACAGCAUGUACCCCAACGCGAUCCUGGGACAGGGCGGUGCCGAUGCCGAGAACGGCGCGAAGAAGUCCAAGAAGAAGAAGGCCAAGGCUAACGACGAAUACCACAUCGACUCGAUCCUCGCUCUGGCUGCGAACCGCCAGCACCGCAACCUUCUGGCCUCUGGAUCUGCCGAUCGCACCGUAAAGCUCUGGGAUCUCCAGACCACCAAGUGCGCCAAGUCCUACUCCCACCACACCGACAAGGUGUGCGCGCUUGAAUGGCACCCUACCGAGUCUACAGUCCUGCUGAGCGGUAGUUACGACCGCACCGUGGUUGCAGCGGAUAUGAGAGCCCCCGACUCCAAGGCCCGCUGGGGCGUGGAUGCCGAUGUCGAGAACGUGCGCUGGGACAAGCACGACCCCAACUACUUCUACGUGACGACAGAUGCCGGUAUGGUGUACCGCUACGAUGUGCGCAACAUUCCCGCCUCGCCCAAGGAGUCCAAGCCCGUGUGGACGCUGCAGGCGCACGACUCAUCGGUGUCGUCGUUUGACGUCAACCCGACCGUGCCGGGCUAUCUGGUGACCGGAUCAACGGACAAGUCCGUGAAGCUCUGGAACGUUGAGAACGACAAGCCCAGCAUGGUGGUGUCUCGCAAGUUGGAAGUGGGCAAGAUCUUCUCGACCACUUUCGCACCGGAUGCUGAUGUGAGCUUCCGCCUGGCCGUGGCGGGCAGCAAGGGCGUGGUCCAGAUCUGGGACACCUCCACCAACGCGGCGGUGCGUCGGGCGUUCGUCUCGCGGAUGCCUUCCCUGGAGGGAGAGGUGCAGGAACGUCUGGUCGGUAUUCAGCCCGAUCAGGAUGAGUCGGAUGAGGAGGAAGGCGUGCAGGAGGUUGGAGCGGCGCAAGGUGCGGAUGGCUGGGAGUCGAUGGAUGAGGAUUGA